UCCCCUCCACCUUCUUCUCACCUCUCUUGGGUUCUCAUUUUCACACCAAACCUAAACAACUCUCUCUUUAGGUUCAAAGAAAGAAAUGACCAGCAGUGAUCAGUUUCCUUGUGGGUUAAGAGUUCUUGUCGUAGACGACGACACUUCCUGUCUGAUAAUCCUCGAGAAAAUGCUUCUCCGUCUCAUGUACCAAGUUACCAUCUGCUCACAAGCUGAUGUUGCUUUAACCCUCUUGAGAGAAAGAAAAGGAUGUUUCGAUCUUGUGCUAAGCGAUGUGCACAUGCCUGGUAUGAACGGAUACAAACUUCUCCAGCAAGUUGGUCUCGAGAUGGAUCUUCCUGUCAUUAUGAUGUCUGUUGAUGGAAGAACAGCGACAGUCAUGACAGGGAUCAACCACGGAGCUUGUGAUUAUCUUAUUAAACCGAUUCGUCCUGAAGAGCUCAAGAACAUAUGGCAACACGUGGUUCGCAGGAAGCUUCCAAGGACUUGCCAAGGUUUAGAUAGUAGCAGUAGCUUGGAGAGUCUUUUCUCUGUUAGUGGAUGUUCAGGGGAGAGUUUGAAACGUAGGAAGAACAAGAGAAGGGUUGAUAGAGAAGAAGAAGAAGAUGAUGAUCUUCUUGAUCCUGGUAACAGUUCCAAGAAGUCUCGUGUUGUUUGGUCCAUGGAGUUGCAUCAACAGUUCGUCAAGGCUAUAAACCAUCUUGGAAUUGAUAAAGCUGUACCAAAGAAGAUUCUUGAGUUGAUGAAUGUGCCUAGCUUAAGCCGAGAGAACGUAGCUAGUCAUUUACAGAAGUACCGAUUGUAUUUGAAGAGAUUAAGAGGUGUAGCUUCUCAGAGUAGGGACGCUGAGUCUAUGGAAAGAUAUGAAAACAUUCAAGCUAUGGUUUCUUCAGGGGAGAUACAUCCACAAGCAUUAGCUGCCUUGUAUGGUAGACCAAUAGACAAUCAUAUGUCUGGUGGUUUUGGAGUUUGGAUACCUAGUGACAAUCGAUCAAAUGAAAACUUUCCGGUUAAUGUAUCAUCAGCUUCUAACCGGUGUUUUGGGGCUUUAGAAGGUCCUUCAACUGUUGCUGCUUCAAUGACUGUUCAUGGUAUAUCUUCCUCUGGAAAUUUAAGACAGCAGAGUGAUGGUUUCGGCAACAACACAGAGUACAGAAUCAGACAAGGGAAAGUGUCAACGAAGAAUCUUUGAUCUUGGGAAGACCGUUAAGACAGCGAGAGGCUUAAGAGGAGGAGGAGGAGGAGGAGACAAGCAUUGGUUAUGUAACUGUUUCCUCCAAAUCUUUAGAAAUGGAAUGAAGGUGUAAGAAAACUUGUGUGUAUGCAAAGUGUUAGGGCUAAGUGUAAGAAGAUGACGAGCUUAGGACAAAGUCCUGUGUUUUUGUCUUGUUAAUGUUAGUAUAUAUGUUUUAAUGUGGAGGUUUGAGACUAUCUAUGAAUGAAGGUGGAUGAGUAUUUACAACUCUAAACGGUUUUAGACAGAAUCCAUGUGAAGAUAAAGAGAAAAUCCAGUACUAUGGCAGUGAAGUGAUGUAAUAUGCAAAGGCAGGGCUGAUCGAAUUAUAUUAGGAUCCUAUUCAAAAGAAAAUUAACUCUAUA